AUGACAGGAAAUAAGCAAUGCUUUGUCAAGUUAGAAGAAAAAGUGAACUCACAAGUCAAGCUUGGUGAUGGAAAACUACACAACGUGGAAGGCAAGGGUAUCAUUUCUGUGCAAACAAAAGGAGGUACUCCAAAACUUGUCUAUGAUGUGUUGUAUGUUCCUUAUUUGGCUCAAAAUUUACUAAGUAUGGGGCAACUUUUGCAAAGAGAAUUCUUGGUGAAAUUUGAAGAUGAUUAUUGUGUUAUUUGUGAUAAAAAGAAUAACACUAUGGUGGCAAAGAUAAAAAUGACAGCAAACAAAGUUUUUCCGCUGUUGAUGACAUCAAAGGAAAAGUUUGCUUUAGAAGCAGAAAAAGUUGAUGGAUCGUUGUUAUGGCAUUUAAGAUAUGGGCAUUUGAAUCAAAGAAGCCUGCAGCUGUUACACCAGAAAAAUAUGGUGGUUGGACUUCCCUCUAUUCACUCUGAAAAGGAAAUAUGUGAAGGCUGUAUCUUUGGAAAAUUCCAUCGGUUACCAUUCUCACAAUCAUCUUGGAGAGCAAAAGCCCCUCUUGAAUUGGUACAUGUAGAUAUUUGUGGACCAACUCGUACACCAUCCUUCAAUAACAAAAGAACAAAAGUCAGAAGCAUUUUCUGUUUUCAAGCAAUUCAAAGCUUUUGGAGAAAAUCAAAGUGGUCACAAUUUGAAGGUGUAAGAACAGAUCGUGGUGGAGAGUUUACAUCAAAUGAAUUUUCUGAAUAUUGCAAAAGCAAUGGUAUUAAAAGAGAGUUGACAGCAAGGUACACCCCACAGCAAAACGGAGUUGCCGAACGAAGAAAUCGUACCAUUGUCGAGAUGGCAAGAAGCAUGUUGAAGGCAAAGAGUCUGCCAAAUACAUUUUGGGCUGAAGCAAUUCAUACAGCAGUAUUUAUUCUUAAUCGGUCUCCAACCAAGGCAGUCAAAGAUAAGACUCCUUUUGAAGCAUGGCAUCAUUUUAAACCAAAGGUGGAUUUCUUCAAGAUUUUUGGGUGCACUUAUGCACAUAUUCCUUCUCAAAGAGAGAAAAAUUUGAUGAGAAAGCUGCUAGACCCAGAACAUGAAAGUUAA